UGUCUUGUGCCCGGGCAGGCCACGGAGCGCGGGGAGCUGCUAUGGAGACAGAUGAUACCGGGAACCGGCUGCGCUUCCAGCUGGAGUUAGAGUUUGUUCAGUGCCUGGCGAAUCCAAAUUACCUCAACUUUCUUGCUCAAAGAGGCUACUUCAAAGACAAAGCUUUUGUAAAUUACCUUAAAUAUUUGCUAUACUGGAAAGAACCUGAGUAUGCAAAAUAUCUGAAGUACCCUCAAUGUCUGCACAUGUUGGAGCUGCUCCAGUACGAGCAUUUCCGCAAAGAGCUGGUAAACGCUCAGUGUGCUAAAUUCAUUGAUGAGCAGCAGAUCCUUCACUGGCAGCACUACUCACGGAAGAGAAUGCGCCUCCAGCAAGCACUUGCAGAGCAGCAGCAGCAAAACAACACCUCUGUAAAAUGAAAAAUGCUUGGAAGGGUGAUGAUGAGGUGUAGCUGUGAUGCUAAGGUGUAGUUUUGCGUCAGCCGAAGUAUUUACAAGACCAGAAUGAACCCUUCUGUAGGUUUGGUCCUGGGUGUCCAUGCAUUCAGUUUUUGUUUUAUCAAGUCACUGGGUUGAUUUGGUUUGGUUUUUUUCCUUCAUCAGCUUUUAUAAAGAUACAAGACUGAUAACCACCUACUCCUGCCAUUUAUUUUGUAGCACUGAGCAUGACUUACUGUACUUAGUGAUUGCUCUUGAUUCGGGAAAACAAAGCAGAGUUUUGUUACUUACUGACAUUGAAGGAACAAAAAGUAACUCAGCCUGUUCUCAGGAGGCUUUUUCUUUGGAGAAUGAAGCGUCUCAAAAGUGUGGCUAAGAACUCCCUCAUGCACUGCUUUUUACAACUGCAGGCUGAGCAAAGUUGAAGCGCUGAUGUUGUAGAAAAUUCAAACAGUGGAUUUUUUGCAUUUGAAC